AUUGUUCAAUGUGUAGUCUCGUGUGUAGGACCUGCAUCGGCACAGACUUGAAGGGAGCAAAUCAAUUCGCUUAUAUCUUUGCCUGCGCGUUCAUUUUCAAUUAGCCGUUAAUUGCUCGUUAAUUUUGGCGACCUGUACGCGCCCAAGAUGGAUAGAUAUCUGUCACCUUUGGAUUCGAGUUCUCAUCGUCGCACUCAGGGCUCUGACUCUCAUGCGCAUCGGCCGCAGUCCAGCAGGCAGACGCUGGACGACUUCGAGAUCAUAAAGAAGGUCGGCCAAGGUGGUUUUGGAGAGGUGCGUGACUUCUUUCGGGGUCCCAGCGGCGCGAAGCGAAGAGGGCACCCGCGCUUUUUCUGCCCAAACGUCCCCGUCCGCAGCAGAGCACUCACCGCCUUGCCCAAGGUCUACGUUGUUCGCAAAAAGGACACGGACGAAAUUUUGGCGUUGAAGAUCAUCAGCAAAGAUCUGAUUUGGAAAAAGAACAAAGUUCGCCAAACAAAGAACGAGCGCGAUGUCUUGGCAAACCAUUUGACGUGCUAUAUCGUACGAUUGAUGUAUUCAUUCCAAGACGGCCAUUUUUUGUACCUGGCUAUGGAGUAUUGUCCGGGCGGCGACCUGAGACGUCUACUUUCUGCUUUUGGAUACUUGACCGAGGACGAGGCAAGGCAAUACAUGGCAGAAAUCGUUAUGGCGACGGAUAGCUUACACAAACUGAACUACGUUCAUCGAGAUAUGAAGCCAGCCAAUUUUCUGAUAGAUGCGAGCGGGCAUUUGAAGCUGACGGACUUCGGGCUUUCGAAGGCUAACAAUCACCUGAAAUACAGGUCCUAUUCAAUGGCAGACCCUGGAUCUUCGAGGUCUUCGCACGACGAUGAAAAGCCGAUCGCCGUUGCUGGAUCGCUUUACUACAUGAGCCCGGAGGUGCUUAGUGGGGAAUCCAACUGCGGAGUUGAGGUGGACUGGUGGAGCGUUGGGUGCAUCUUCUUCGAGCUUUUAGUGGGUCAUCCUAUAUUUAACGGCUCUACGGUCUCAAGGGUUUUUGACGCCGUUAUCCAAUUCCGCACGACGGUGCCCGCCAUCAUUGAAAAGUACCGAGCGUCUCAUCUAUCCGAGGAGGCCGCCGACUUGAUCGCUGGUUUUUUGCGAGAGCCUCAAACGCGUCUUGGCGUUCGCGGUUUGGCAGAAAUUCACAAUCAUCCUUUUUUUGCCGGCUGCAAUUGGGCGUCGUUGGCAGAUGUCAAGCCCAUUUUCGUGCCCAACUUGCAAUACAAGUGGGACACGAGCUACUUUGAUUUGUCCUCGUCGCCGCAGGUGGGGUCGAGAAGUGAUGCGCAAGGUUUGAGUUCGAGCGGCCUGUUUCGAGCGCCACUGGCGCCGUACAAUGACUCGAAACAGAAAGUGACAAGCGAAACUUGCUCAGACAAGCAUUCGAUAAAAAGUCCUAUGGCCGAUUGUUUGAAAAACAAAUUGGGUCGAAAAGUGCUUUGGUCCCACUGUGAUCGCCAUUUGAACAGCGCAGGCGCGAGCCGAAAGCAUGCGUGUUCUGGCACCCAUCUACUCGAGGGAAAGGAGAACGAGGUGUUGAGAGAAAACGAAUCCUAUAACUCUCCCUUUUUUUGCAAUAAGAGGAGUUUUAAUAGGAUCUCAAAGACGCCUGUCAUGUCUGGCUGUCUUGUUCAAGGGGUCGAGAAGCAAAUUUUUGGGUUUACGUUUAGGCGCAAAAAGUACAAAGCCAAGGAGAAGCAAUUUGCGACGCCUCCGACCCCCGUUAUGCUGAAGCCUGAUCCCCGUCGUCACCAGCACGUGGUCCCGGUGACGCCCGAUUUCGAACUUUCUGAUGUGUAAAGACCUAAUUACGAGAUAGAUUUUCUUACCGCGAGUCAUGGGAUUAGUUUGUG